GAAUUAGAUUUCUCAUUAACCAAAAAAACGAAAACACUAAAGUGUGCAACGUACAAAACAAAAAAAAAACCUACACUAUUUUCCUCACUCUUUCUCGUUAACCUUUAGUCUUUUCACCCUUCUUUCUCAUGGACCUCAUUUCAAUUUUGUUCUAUGGUCUUCCUGUCUUUUACCUACUCUUUUUCAUAUGGAAGAUUAUAGAUCGAAAGAGACACCAAAAUUGUUACAUUUUGGACUACGAAUGUCACAAGCCUACCGAUGAUCGAAUGCUUAGCACGAAAUUUUCAGGGGAAAUUAUUCAUAGAAACAAACACCUUGGCCUAAAUGAGUACAAGUUCCUCUUGAAAGCAAUCGUUAGCUCGGGCAUUGGUGAACAAACGUAUGCACCAAGAAUGGUGUUUCAUGGACGCGAAGCAUGCCCUACGUACGAAGAUGGGAUUGUGGAGAUGGAAGAAUUUUUCCAUGAUAGCAUUGACAAGCUCUUGAAGAGGAACAAAAUUUCCCCUAGUGAAAUCGAUGUCCUCGUGGUGAAUGUGUCGAUGUUAGCUAACAUGCCAUCAUUAGCUGCACGAAUAAUCAAUUACUACAAGAUGAGGGAAGACAUCAAGGUGUACAACAUCACCGGGAUGGGGUGUAGUGCUAGCCUCAUAUCGAUAAAUAUCAUUGAAAGUAUUUUCAAGAAUGAGAAGAACAAGCUUGCACUUAUGGUGACAUCUGAGUCCUUGAGCUCAAAUUGGUACACGGGGAACGAUAGAUCUAUGAUUCUUGCAAAUUGUUUGUUUAGGUCAGGGGGUUGCGCGAUUUUAUUGACAAACAAAGUGGCCCUAAAAAACAAGGCCAUGUUCAAGUUGAAACGACUAGUUAGGGUACACCAUGGUGCAAAAGAUGAAGCCUAUGCUAGUUGUGUACAAAGAGAAGACAAUCAAGGUAACAUAGGGUUCCACCUUGAUAAAACACUACCAAAGGCCGCGACACGUGCACUAGCUGAUAAUUUGAAGCAAAUUGCACCCUUAAUUCUUCCGGUGAGGGAACUACUUCGAUUUGCAAUCGUGUUAUUUAUGAAAAAAAUGAAUUGGGGAUCAACAAAAGGAGGACCUAGGCCAAUGAUUAAUUUCAAAACAGGUGUGGAUCAUAUUUGCUUACAUACAGGAGGAAAAGCAGUGAUCGAUGGAGUUGGUUCAAAUUUGAAUCUAAGUGAGUACGAUUUAGAGCCAGCAAGAAUGACAUUGCAUAGAUUUGGUAACACUUCAGCAAGUAGCCUUUGGUAUGUGUUGGGGUACAUGGAGGCUAAAAAGAGAUUAAAGAAAGGUGAUAAAAUACUAAUGCUUGCCUUUGGAGCAGGGUUUAAGUGUAAUAGUUGUUUGUGGGAAGUGUUAAGAGAUUUGGGUGAUGGAAAUGUGUGGAAAGAUUGCAUUGAUAAUUAUCCACCAAACAAUUUAGUAAAUCCUUUCUUGGAGAAAUUUGGAUGGCUACAUGAUGAAGAUCCAGACACCUUCAGUAUGCCAGAUGACUAUGUUGUCCCUUAAGCUUUGUUU